AUGCCAACAAAGCUAGUAGAUGGAAGAUGGAUCAUACCUUGGAUGGAAUUGAUAAAACUGGCUGCACCAGAUAGGAUAAAGGACCAGCGAAUCAACCUUUCAAACCUCAAGGUGUAUAGCUGCUUAGCGUAUUCGAGAAUCCUAGAUUCAAAGCGCACACAAUCAGACAAGAUAUCACCGAGAGCAGAGAUCGGAUUCCUAGUGGGGAUCUGGUUUCCGUACAAAGGGGGACAGUAUGGAAGGGUAGACGUUAUCAGAGAUACUGUUUUCGAUGAGACACGGCGGUAUACGACGGCGAAGAAGCUAGAAUCAGAAGAUACAGAUGAAGCUCAGUCUGAACUGAGUACCCAGAUGCAGAUGCCGUCAUCCAUAGCCCGCAUCGCCCUGCAUGAUGACGUUCAGCAUACACAGCAAGGGCAGGAUCCGCAUACAGAUGCAGAUUUACAAGAUGCAGAGAUGCAAGAUGCAGAGAUACAAGAUGCAGAGAUGCAAGAUGCAGAUCUGACAGAUAGAGAGAUGUAG